CUGAAUUGUUCAUCGGGUUGCAAAUUGUGCGCACAACGGUAAUUGGAACUUCAAUCAUUUCAAUACUCAAGAAAUCUUUAAAGGUACGUUCGGAAAUACACGUAAGAUGUUCGGUCGACCAUCGUCACGAAGUGGAAGAAGAAAAAUUGUGAAGUAAUAUGGGAGCAAUUAUUAAAAAAUAGUCUCGAAAAUCUUGAAAAAAUGAGCAAAGUUUGCAAACUUUGGAUUCAUCAGACCAAUUUUAGCGAAGAAGAUCUGGUCUUAAACCCAAAAGACUUUCAAAAUGGUUUGAAGGAAAAUGAUGUUAUCCAAAUUUACCAAUGUUUUGAGAAUGAUACUGGAACAUGCAAACUACUUCUGCAGAUUAAAAGUCUUCAGACAGAUUUCCAGCAGAAAGAGACAAUAAGUCUCGAACAGUCAGUUGCAAAUAAAUUUAAGUUUCGUGCCUAUUGGGAUGUUCAUGUUGAGAAGGUUGACCCAGCUGCAUUCACCUUAUCCUUGGUUGAACUGAAAUUUAAAGAUCAAUGGCUUGGACGUGCUGAUAUGUGGAGGUUUGGAGAGACUUUGAUAGACUCUGCUGUUUAUACAUCAAAGAAAUUAUGUUUAGCUGGGGCAAGAACAGAAGUUCACGAAAUGUGGGCAGGUGGUGGGAGAACACAAAAAGUCAUGUGUGGUGUUGUUGGCAAAGAUACAAGGGUUGUAUUUAGAUCUGGGAGUGCAGCUGUUUUUAUCUUCAUUCAAAUGAGUAAAGAGAUGUGGGAAUUUGACAUCAAUGGAGAUCUUUACUUUGAGAAGACAGUCAAUGGAUUUUUUGUUGAACUUUUUGAGAAGUGGAAAGAAAUGAAAUGCACUCAUUCUGUAACCAUUGUUUAUUUCUCCAGAUUAUUUUACAAUGAAAAUAUGCUUAACAAUAUAUCAGAAAAGAGAAGGAUCAGCCUUGGUUGUGAUUACCAAGGCAGACUCUAUGAGGAUAUCUAUCAAGUGGUGGUUCACGAAGAACGAAGAGAAGAUUGGUUUGCAAUUAUUGUGAAGCUAAAAAAACAUUUCAUUCAAUAUCCUGAGAGUUUGAAAAAGGAAGGCUUUUCUGAAGGAUACUUGUCUUCAGCAUCAGAAGGAAAUUUUCUUGAAGUUUUGAAUUUAGGGGCAAAUGUGUUUGAAAAAGCAUACAUUGAUCGAAGUCUAGAAGUGACAGGUCAGCAAAUGGUUGUUAUUACACCAGGUGCUGGAAUGUUUGAAGUUGAUCGAGAAAUGGCCACUAUGACUAAACGAAGAAUAGUUGACAAUGGAAUGUCUGCAGACUUGGUAUGUAUGGCAGAACAACCUCUUCACUCAGUCCCUUUGCUUAAGUUUCAUGGAAAGUCUGAUUCCUCAACAUUGAUUGGCGAUGACUAUGGAAUACCUCAUUGGAUCAAUCAUAGUUUCUACACCUCAAAAUCUCAGGAAAAUCAGAGAAAUUCAUUUGUUCCAAGAAUUACAGUUCCUGAUCUCAUAUUGCAACACCGCGGAGAUGAAAAUAAUAGAAAUUCACAGACAUUUUUAAGCGGAAAUCAUUUGAAUGAAGUGGAAGAGAACAAACUGCCAGACUUCGUCGAUUAUGAGGCGUACGAUGCCGAAGUCUUCAAAUGCGCACACACAAAGCCUCGUCCUCAGACCCUCACGCCUGGCUACAAUCCUUAUACUAGAAGCCGAGGGAUCGAGAUUGAUGAUUGUAGGAUAGAAAGAUUUUUAAAAAAGGAGAAGAUGGUUAAUUAUGGUGACGAUAAUUCAGCUGAAACCCACAAAAAAAUAAUCAAAAGGCCAGAUAGCGGAGGUCUUGCUCGGAGUCUUGGAGUUGUAAAGUCAUUUGAUUUUAUGCUGCCAUGCUCUGGUGAAGAAGAUAGCAUUGAUGAUGGUUCAAAGGAUUUCUUAUCUUCCUACUCACCGCCUCCUGCUUCAAGUCGCGCCGUCGUAGGGAGUGCAGAUACCUCGUUUUUCUAUCAAAAUGUAGGACGUCCUCAAAGGUCCCUAGUUAACCCGUUUAGACCAAACUAUCUCCCUUGCAAGAUGACGUGUAAUAGACAUCGCUGGAGACAUACUUUCCCUAAGGGGCCUGGAGGUGAGAUGUGGCAGGAACAUCAUCAUAAGGCGUCGGAUCAUGUGACAAAUCAGGUGGAUGAUGAUGCUCUUCUCAGGUCUCUGGAUCCAGGUUACCAAGUGGAACUGGGUGGUCUGCCGAAAGGAUUUGAAGAGGAUGAAACAGACGGACCUGAUUUUAAGCCUGAUGACAAGUCAACAUCGCUGACCGCUCUAAGCCAAUUAAGGGCCUCGUUCAGUUCAAAACAUGCAGGAAUUAGCUUACAGAGCCUCGGUUGGGUGCAGAAUCUUCACGCACCGUCCGAGAAGGACUGGACUGCAGCGAUGAAAACAAGCGUGGAUUGGAAGUCCCUAACCAUCCCUGCUUGUCUCCCUUUGACCACAGACUACCACUUGGAUCAACGUCUUCUUGACAGUCGCUAUAGUAUCUAUGCAUACAACUUGUAUUUAGGGGUUGAAGAAAGCUCAUCAAACCAAGAUGAUGUUGACUGUGUUGUGAUGAGACCAGAAAACCAGUUAAAAGAGUUUAUUUUGCAAAGAAUUGGACAGGGAUUCCAACUGGUGUGCUCAGAUAUUCCGAAGGAGCGCACCGACUUAUUUUCUCCAUUGAACCACCCUCGAUCCGCGGUUAUCCCACAAGGUACCCAAGAUGAGGUGUACAACUUUAUGAUGGGGCGUAAUUUUCACAGGUUGACCUACACGCCUUCGGAAAAUAAGGUGUCAUUCACCCGGUACCAUCCUACCCACGUUAUAGACGAAUGCAUGGUUUCAUACCCGUACUGGUUAUGGUCUGAUUGUACUCAGGAGUAUGUGAGAAUGGACACAACUUUCGUUCACGAUGACCUGACCCAUUAUAACUGGAACUAUAUGGAUCAAUAUAUAGUGCGUGAUUCAGAGUUCUCAUCGCUAAUAAAAUCCCUUCACUAUUGGAGGAUUCGCCUGGCUUUGCUACCCUUGAAACAACCAACUUGUGAAGGAUCGUUGAGCAGUGAUGGUCAAAAGAAAGAGAAUGAAGUUCAGUUCAAAUAUUUUCAAGGUUUUCUAAGAUUUCUAGAAACUGUCAAUCGUAUUCGAAGACCUCCUGUCACCAAAGUCGAGGCUAAGAAAACGCCGAGCAAGUCACGACGCCCGAGCGCGCCUGCGAUGUUGAAAAGUCCAGCAUCCGCUGUUCGCAGUCAUCGACGUAGCAGGAGUGGCGGGGGUGGCAAGGAUCUGGAAACUUUGAAUGAAGAUGGUGUGGUUAUCCUUGAUGCUAGCUCUCCAGGUCAUGACAUGAGUAGUACUCCACCAAGACGAAGAUCAUCAAGUAGUGAAAAUGAAGAUACAGUAAACUCCAUACCGUCCUUGGAAGAGAUCGUUAAAGAAAUGACAGCGAAAGAAACCGGUUUGAACUUCCUUUCUGAGAUGCGAGGACUCCCUCCCAAAUCCUUUCUAGGAACUGAUGCUACAUCAUGGGUUAUUCGCCAUAUUUCUGUGAAAUCACGUGCUGAAGCAGUGACGUUAUGCCAGAAAAUGUUAGACGAAGGUUUUAUACGGCACGCAUCUGGUUCUAUUCUUCAACCGUUUGUGGAUGGAUUUUACCUGUAUUAUAUCCUCAAGACUGCUGAUAAAAAGUCUGCUUUAUUAAAACGACCUGAUAAGCACUCAGACGGUCUUGCUUACAAGAAAUGGAUGAAAGCACAAGAUGAUAAGUUGUUCCAGUUUGAGACGAAAUGGUUUGAAGUUGUAUUGAAAGAGCGAGGCUCUGAAUCAUCUAAUUCUCCUGUUGGUGUUUUUGAAUCGGACGAAAAAGGACAACCUCAGCGUUCGAAAAGGAUUCCAGCAUAUCGAGAUGCGGAGAUUAACUUGGAUUCAACCAGCAUAAACCUGAAUUCAAGCAGAAAGGAUCGUCCGGAGUGGUGUACAGUGAGGUAUCCUGGAGUAUUCUGUCCUGAUAAUGUAUACCUGGUACACCUACACUGGUUGGUGGCCUCUGGAUCUGUUAUCAAUCAAUUGGUUCAGAGUUGGGCUCGCAAAGUCACCUUAUAUGGGUUUCAUUUGGUACCAGUCCCAACUUUCCAACCAGACGGUCAACUGGCUCGGAGUGAUCCAUUCACAAGCGCACAUCAUAUUCCACUUGAUGUCACGUGGUUGAGAGAACAUGCCUCGUUCCAAGACAUUUCAAAGCAAGAGUUCAAAACAAGAGUAUUCCUAUUUCAAGAAGCCAUUUUAAAAAGGUUUGGUUUCAUUAAAGAUUUUCCUUAUAAUGAUGGUAUUUACUCUUGUUACAAAGAUGGUCACAAUUCUGUGUUCCGCUAUAUCCACUACACUGGGGGAUUAUUUAUGACUUUAGUAAAUGAUGACAGCGACUCGUUUGGAUAUGUAUGGACACUAAACUAUACCAUCACAAAGCGCUGGAAGUCCUCAGUUACCCUGGACCAAGACGCGAUAAGGACACUCGUGAAAGAUUUGCGUACAUUUUGUGAAAAUGAAGAGGGAAAAUUAGAGAAAUACUUAGAGUCAUUCACGGUGAAGUCUCAGAUUAAUUUUGAUCAGACACAAGGUAGCUUGGGCAAUGACGUAUUUGAACGGGUCUUAGAAGCUUGUCCUGAUGAUUAAUUGCGUCUAAUGACGUUG